AUGGGUACACCAAGGAAAAGAACGAUUUUGGUUGAUAACGUCGCAGUUCCGCGAUUCGCCUUCGGACUAGGAUCUUUGAUGCAAUGGGCUCCCAACCAUGCUUACCCCCUCCCUACUGACAGUAGUAAAGACGUAUCGCAGGCGCUUAAAGCGGGCUUCCGACAUAUCAACACCGGCGACAUUUACACCAACAACGAGUCCGCGGCAGAAAGCAUCGAGGCGUCCGGGAUCGCCCGCAAGGACUUGUUCUUCAGUUUAAAACUCAACACCUAUGCUGCGCUUGGAUGUAGAGGCAAGGAGAGUAUGGUGGAGAGUACCAAGAGGGAGAUUGAGCGCUUCGGACUAGACGGCUAUGUAGAUCUGUUGCAACUUCAUUUUCCGCCCAGAGGCCAUCCAGGAAAUUUGACCAACCGAGAAGCAUGGAGAGUUCUCGAAGAAUUCAAAGAUCAGAAGAUGGCAAGAAUCAUCGGCUUGUCUAAUUGGACACUUGCGGACUACGAAGAUCUCAUGGAUGCUCCUGAUAUCAAGUACAAGCCGCAGAUCAAUGAGUAUGAGAUGAACCCGUUCUUACUCUCCGAUCCUAAACUACGGGAUCUUAGUUUCUACGAGAUGAAACAUGGCAUAGUUCAUAUGAACUACGGCUUCUUGUCUAUUCUGUCCGGCAAGCUGCCACAUGAUGGAGCUCCAGCAUUGCUGAAAGAAUUAAGACUAUUAUCAAACGAGACUCAUCUUACGGAAACGGAACUGCUUCUUGCUUGGGCAUACGACCGCCUAGAUGGUAUCGUCAUAUCGUCAUCAUCUCAAGAGCACCGCUUGGUGGGACUUGCAAAGCUGUUCCUGGAAAAAGACCAGGUUUCUUUAGAGCAGAGUGUCUACGACCGUAUCGAGAAGGCUGCAAGCGAAGACGGUUAUGAGGGGAAGACGUUUUACAAGCAUGGCCAUAUGGAUGCUGCUGCAAGCAAAGGUUGA